AUGGCUGUUCAACAACACUUCAAAGCUCGAUCCACUAAUAUUCUCUUAGCCUCCACUCCAAAAUCAGGCACCACAUGGAUGAACGCCCUCAUCUUCUCCAUUGUCAAUCCCCUUUAUGAUUUUUCUACACAUCCUCUGCUUACUCAUAAUUCUCAUGAGUGUGUUCCCAUGUUAGAAAUCAGUAUUUACAAAACCUCCCAAAUCGCCAACCCCGAUGUUCUUCCAUCGCCUCGCCUCUUCUCAACCCACAUUCCCUACUCAUCUUUACCAAAAUCAACAAUAGACUCCAAUUGUAGAAUCGUCUACAUUUGUCGUAAUCCAAAAGAUGUGUUUGUUUCCUUUUGGCACUUUGCAGAUGUGAUCCAAAUCAAGCUCAACAAGGACCAGCCAGUAAUCUCACUAGAGGAGACAUUUCAGAUGUUUUGCAAAGGAGCCUCCCCAUGGGGACCCUAUUGGGAUCAUGUUUUAGGAUAUUGGAAAGCAAGCCUGGAGUGGCCUAAGAGGAUACUGUUUUUAAAAUAUGAGGUUCUGAGAAGCAAUACAUCAGUUUGUUUGAAGAAAUUGGCCCAACACCUGGAGUACCCAUUCUCCUUGGAGGAGGAGAAACAAGGGGUGGUGGAAAAAAUAUUGGAAUUGUGUAGUUUUGAGAAUCUGAGCAAUUUAGAGGUGAACAAGAGUUCAGAUAAGGAAUUGGUUCCAGGGGUGAAAUUCAGUGCCUUCUUUAGAAAAGGCCAAGUUGGAGACUGA